AAUGAAUGACGGCAACGGGAAGAGGGAGGACGCGCCAAUUCUCCUGCCUAAGCCUCGGCCCAACAAAAUGGCGGCUGCGGCGGCGUCGCUUUGUUUCCGCGGCUCCUGCGGCUGUGGCAGUGGUAUCGGCCUUUGAGCUGUGCGGAGGAUUCAACACCAACUCUAGUGACGGCUGCGAGCCCAGUACAUUUCUAGCGUAACCCGGCGCCGGGGAGGGCAGAGCGGCGUCCUACGGUAGCUGAAGCCGACAAGGCGUUGAAAGCGAAAACAUGACUGCUGAGCCCAUGAGUGAAAGCAAGUUGAAUACAUUGGUGCAGAAGCUUCAUGACUUCCUGGCACACUCAUCAGAAGACUCUGAAGAAACAAGUUCACCUCCACGACUAGUGAUGAACCAAAGCACAGAUAAAAUCUGUAGUUCUGGAAGCAAUUCUGAUAUGAUGGAAAACAGCAAAGAGGAGGGAGCUAGCUCUUCAGAAAAAUCCAGAUCAUCAGGAUCGUCACGAUCAAAGAGGAAACCUUCAAUUGUAACAAAGUAUGUAGAGUCAGAUGAUGAAAAACCUUUGGAUGAAACUGUAAAUGACGAUGCUUCUAAUGAAAAUUCAGAAAAUGAUAUUACUAUGCAAAGCUUGCCAAAAGGUACAGUGAUUGUACAACCAGAGCCAGUGCUGAAUGAAGACAAAGAUGAUUUUAAAGGGCCUGAAUUUAGAAGCAGAAGUAAAAUGAAAACUGAAAGUCUCAAAAAACGCGGAGAAGAUGGGCUUCAUGGGAUUGUGAGCUGUACAGCUUGUGGACAACAGGUCAAUCAUUUUCAAAAAGAUUCCAUUUAUAGACACCCUUCACUGCAAGUACUUAUUUGUAAGAAUUGCUUUAAAUAUUACAUGAGUGAUGAUAUUAGCCGUGACUCAGAUGGAAUGGAUGAACAAUGUAGAUGGUGUGCAGAAGGUGGAAACUUGAUUUGUUGUGACUUUUGCCACAAUGCCUUCUGUAAGAAAUGCAUUUUGCGCAAUCUUGGUCGCAAGGAGCUGUCUACAAUAAUGGAUGAAAACAACCAAUGGUAUUGCUACAUAUGUCACCCGGAGCCUUUGUUGGACUUGGUCACUGCAUGUAACAGUGUAUUUGAAAAUUUAGAACAGUUGUUGCAACAAAAUAAGAAGAAAAUAAAAGUUGAUAGUGAAAAGAGUAAUAAGGUCUAUGACCACACACCCAGAUUUUCUCCAAAGAAAAAUAGUUCAAAUUGUAAUGGAGAAGAAAAGAAAUUAGAAGAUACAUGUUCUGGUUCUGUAACCUACUCUUAUGCAGCACUAAUUGUGCCUAAGGAGAUGAUUAAGAAGGCAAAAAAACUGAUUGAGACCACUACCAACAUGAACUCCAGUUAUGUUAAGUUUCUGAAGCAGGCAACAGAUAAUUCAGAAAUCAAUUCUGCUACAAAGUUACGUCAGCUUAAGGCUUUUAAAUCUGUGUUGGCUGAUAUAAAGAAAGCUCACCUUGCAUUAGAAGAAGAUUUAAAUUCUGAGAUCCGAGCUUUGGAUGCUGUAAACAAAGAGAAAAAUACCAAAGAGCAUAAAGUCAUGGAUAUUAAGUCUGAAACAAAAGUUCGAAAAGGAGAAAAAUCCUGUGCUUUGGAGCGGAAGGAUAUUUCAAAGUUAGAAGCUAAACUGUCAAGAAAGCAGGUAGAUAGUGAGCACAUGGAUCAAAACGUAGCAGAGGAACAGAGAGCAAAUAAAAGCACUAGUGGUGAACAUAAGAAAUCUGAUAAAAAAGAGGAACCUCAGUAUGAACCUGCUAAUACUUCUGAAGACUUAGACAUGGAUAUUGUGUCAGUUCCAUCCUCAGUUCCAGAAGACAUUUUUGAGAAUCUUGAAACUGCAAUGGAAGUUCAGAGUUCAGUUGAUUAUCAGGGAGAUGGCAACAGUGGAACUGAGCAAGAACUGGAGAAUUCUGUAAAAUUAAACAUUUCUUCAAAAGAUAACAGGGGAGGUAUUAAAUCAAAAAGUGCAGCUAAGGUAACAAAAGAAUUAUAUGUUAAACUCACCCCUGUUUCCCUUUCUAAUUCCCCAAUUAAAGGAGUUGAUUGUCAGGAUGUUCCACAAGAUAAAGAGAGCUAUAAAAGUUCUGGACUAAAUCCCAAGUCAGAGAACUGUGCACAAGAAAAAAGCGAUAAUGAACUUUUGGUUGAGGAUGACAUUCCAUUACUUUCAGAGGAAUCUGAUCUUCGGAGAUCCCCACGUGUAAAGACUACACCAUUGAGGAGAGCAACAGAAACCAACCCUGCAACAUCUAAUUCAGAUGAAGAAAGUAAUGAAACAGUUAAGGAGAAACAGAAACUAUCAGCUCCAGUGAGAAAAAAGGAUAAGCGGAAUUCUUCUGAUAGUGCUAUAGAUAAUCCUAAACCCAAUAAACUGCCUAAAUCUAAACAGUCAGAGAUUGUGGAUCAAAAUUCAGAUUUUGAUGAAAUGCUUGCAAUCCUCAAAGAGGUAUCAAGAAUGAGUCAUAGUUCUUCUUCAGAUACUGAUAUUAAUGACACUCAUACAAAUCAUGAGAAAACUUUGUUUGAUUUGAAAACUCAGACAGGAAAAGAUGAUAAAGGGAAAAGGAAACGAAAAAGUUCUACUUCUGGCUCAGACUUCGAUAUUAAAAAAGGUAAAUCAGUUAAAAGGUCUGUAGUUUCUAAAAAGAAACGACAAAACCUGUCUGAAUCUUCUAAUUAUGACUCAGAAUUGGAAAAAGAGAUUAAAAGCAUGAGUAAAAUUGGGGCUGCCAAAACAACCAGAAAAAGAGUUCCACACAAAAAUGAUUAUGAUUCUUCUGAAGAUGAAAAACAGAGCAAAAAAAGAGUGGAUAAUGAAGGGCAGAGAAAUUUGAAAAUUGCUCAAGAAGGAUCAUCCGAUGAUGCUGAAAGGAAACAAGAGAGAGAGAAUUUCUCUUCCAUAGAAGGGACAGUUGAAAAAGACAAGACUUUCAUGGAGUUACGAGAUAGACUCUGUAAGAAGCAGCAGCCAGGUGUUUCGUCUGAUAGUGCUGAUAAGUCAUCUUCUGGGAAAGAGGAGAGUAUCAAUUCUUCAGAAGACAAAAAGGCUUAUGGAACUAAGGAAAAGAGUAAGCAUCUGAAAAAUCUGAAAACCAAACCAUGUAAGAAAGUACAGGGUGGCUUAUCUGAUGUUGCUGAGAAAUUCCUAAAGAAAGAGGAAAGCGAUGAAUCCUCUGAAGAUGAUCAAAAGCAGAGCAAAAUGGGACAUGAAGAAAAAGAAAAGAAAAUCACAGACUUGAAGAAAAAAGUAACUAAGAUGGAACAGCAGUAUGAAUCAUCGUCUGAUAGCACUGAGAAAUUACCUGAUGGAGAAGAAAUUUGUCGUUUUCCUAAAGGCAUCAAACAACAUAAGAAUGACUCAGCUGAUGGGGAAAAGAAAAGUAAAAAAAUGAAACAUAAAAUUUCUAAAAAGAAGGAUGAAUUAUCUGAUAAUGCUGAGAAAAUACCAUGGAAAAGAGAUAGUUGUGAGUCUUCAGAAGAUAAAAGGAGUAAGAAUGGUGCGUCUGGUAGAGACAAAAAGAGGAGCAACUUGCCUGAUAAGAGUUUAAGAAAGAGACAAGAUUGUUCAUCAUCUGAUACUGAGAAAUAUUCCAUGAAAGAAGAUGGCUGUAAUUCUUCUGAGAAGAGACUGAAAAGAAUUGAAUUGCGGGAAAGAAGAAAUUUAAAUUCAAAGAGAAAUACCAAGGAGGCACUGUGUGGCUCCUCAUCUUCUGAUGCUGAGGAAAGUUCUGAAGAUAAUAAAAAGCUGAAAAAACAACGAACUGCAGCUAAAAAAAGGGCAGGCAAUGUUAAAGAAAAAAUAAGAAACUCCCUAAGAAAAAGCACUAAAAGGAAACAAGUUGAAAUUACUUCCUCAUCUUCUUCUGAUAUAGUAGAUGAUGAACAGAAUUCUUUAGGCGAGGGGAGCAGUGAUGAACAGAAAAUUAAGCCAGUGACAGAAAAUUUAGUGCUGUCUUCACAUGCUGGAUUUUGCCAAUCCUCAGGAGAUGAAGCCUUAUCUAAAUCAGUACCUGUCACAGUGGAUGAUGAUGAAGACGACAAUGAUCCUGAGAAUAGAAUUGCCAAGAAGAUGCUAUUAGAAGAAAUUAAAGCCAAUCUUUCCUCUGAUGAGGAUGGAUCUUCAGAUGAUGAACCCGAAGAAGGGAAAAAAAGAACUGAAAAACACAAUGAGGAAAACCUGAGAGAUGAGGAAGUAAAACAUGAAGACAAUUCUGAAUCAGAUUCUGAUUCUGAAGAAUCUAAGAAGCCAAGAUACAGACACAGGCUUUUGAGGCACAAGCUAACUGUGAGUGAUGGAGAAUCUGGAGAAGAAAAAAAGACAAAAACUAAAGAGUACAAAGAAGCUAAAAGUAGAAACAGAAGGAAAGUGAGCAGUGAAGAUUCUGAAGAUUCUGAUUUUCAGGAAUCAGGAGUUAGUGAAGAAGUUAGUGAAUCUGAAGAUGAACAGCGGCCCAGAACAAGGUCUGCAAAGAAGGCAGAAUUGGAAGAGAAUCAGCGGAGUUAUAAACAGAAAAAGAAAAGGCGACGCAUUAAGGUUCAAGAAGAUUCAUCCAGUGAAAACAAGAGUAAUUCUGAUGAAGAUAAAGAAGAGGAGGAGGAUGAAGAGGAGGAAGAAGAUGAAAAUGAUGAUUCCAAGUCUCCUGGAAAAGGCAGAAAGAAAAUUCGAAAGAUACUUAAGGAUGAUAAACUAAGGACAGAAACACAAAAUGCUCUUAAGGAAGAAGAAGAAAGGCGGAAACGUAUUGCUGAGAGGGAACGGGAGAGAGAGAAAUUGAGAGAGGUGAUAGAAAUUGAAGAUGCCUCACCCACCAAGUGUCCCAUAACAACAAAAUUGGUUUUAGAUGAAGAUGAAGAAACCAAAGAACCUUUAGUACAGGUUCAUAGAAAUAUGGUCAUCAAAUUGAAGCCCCAUCAAGUAGAUGGUGUUCAGUUUAUGUGGGAUUGCUGCUGUGAGUCUGUGAAAAAAACAAAGAAAUCUCCAGGUUCAGGAUGCAUUCUCGCACACUGCAUGGGCCUUGGUAAGACUUUACAGGUGGUAAGUUUUCUUCAUACAGUUCUUUUGUGUGACAAAUUGGAUUUCAGCACAGCUUUAGUGGUUUGUCCUCUUAAUACUGCUUUGAAUUGGAUGAAUGAAUUUGAGAAGUGGCAAGAGGGACUAAAAGAUGAUGAGAAGCUUGAGGUCUCUGAAUUGGCAACAGUGAAACGUCCCCAGGAGAGAAGCUACAUGCUACAGAGGUGGCAAGAAGAUGGUGGUGUUAUGAUCAUAGGCUAUGAGAUGUACAGAAAUCUUGCUCAAGGAAGAAAUGUGAAGAGUAGGAAACUUAAAGAAAUAUUUAAUAAAGCUUUGGUUGAUCCAGGUCCUGAUUUUGUUGUUUGUGAUGAAGGUCAUAUUCUAAAAAAUGAAGCAUCUGCUGUUUCAAAAGCUAUGAAUUCUAUACGCUCAAGAAGGAGGAUUAUUUUAACAGGAACACCACUUCAGAAUAACCUAAUUGAGUAUCAUUGCAUGGUUAACUUUAUCAAGGAAAAUUUGCUUGGGUCUAUUAAGGAGUUCAGGAAUCGAUUUAUAAAUCCAAUCCAAAAUGGUCAAUGUGCAGAUUCUACCAUGGUAGAUGUCAGAGUGAUGAAAAAACGUGCACACAUUCUUUAUGAGAUGUUAGCUGGAUGCGUUCAGAGAAAAGAUUAUACAGCAUUAACAAAAUUCUUGCCACCGAAGCAUGAAUAUGUGUUAGCUGUGAGAAUGACUUCAAUUCAGUGCAAGCUCUACCAGUACUACUUAGAUCACUUAACAGGUGUAGGUAAUAGCAAUGAAGGUGGAAGGGGAAAGGCAGGUGCAAAACUUUUCCAGGAUUUUCAGAUGUUAAGUAGGAUCUGGACUCAUCCUUGGUGUUUACAACUGGACUACAUUAGCAAGGAAAACAAGGGAUAUUUUGAUGAAGACAGCAUGGAUGAGUUUAUAGCUUCAGAUUCUGAUGAAACCUCCAUGAGUUUAAGCUCUGAUGAGUACACAAAAAAGAAGAAAACAAAAGGAAAAAGGGGGAAAAAAGAUAGUAGCUCAAGUGGAAGUGGCAGUGACAAUGAUGUUGAAGUUAUUAAAGUCUGGAAUUCAAGAUCUCGUGGUGGUGGUGAAGGAAAUGUAGAUGAAACAGGAAAUAAUCCUUCAGUUUCUUUAAAGCUAGAUGAAUGUAAAGCUACUUCCUCUUCUAAUCCAAGCAGCCCUGCUCCAGACUGGUACAAAGAUUUUGUUACAGAUGCUGAUGCAGAGGUUCUGGAGCAUUCUGGGAAAAUGGUACUACUCUUUGAAAUUCUUCGAAUGGCAGAGGAAAUUGGGGACAAAGUCCUUGUUUUUAGCCAGUCUCUCAUAUCUCUGGAUUUGAUUGAAGAUUUUCUUGAAUUGGCUAGCAGGGAAAAGACAGAAGAGAAAGAUAAGCCUCUUAUUUAUAAAGGUGAAGGGAAAUGGCUCCGAAACAUUGACUAUUACCGUUUGGAUGGUUCUACAACUGCACAAUCAAGGAAAAAAUGGGCUGAAGAGUUUAAUGAUGAAACUAAUGUGAGAGGACGGUUGUUUAUCAUUUCUACCAAAGCAGGAUCUCUUGGAAUAAAUCUGGUAGCUGCUAAUCGAGUGAUUAUAUUUGAUGCUUCUUGGAAUCCAUCUUACGACAUCCAGAGUAUAUUCAGAGUUUAUCGCUUUGGGCAGACUAAACCUGUAUAUGUAUAUAGGUUCUUAGCUCAGGGAACCAUGGAAGAUAAGAUUUACGACCGGCAAGUAACUAAGCAAUCAUUGUCUUUUCGAGUUGUUGAUCAGCAGCAGGUUGAACGUCAUUUUACCAUGAAUGAGCUUACUGAACUUUAUACCUUUGAGCCAGACUUGUUAGAUGACCCUAAUUCUGAAAAGAAGAAGAAAAGGGAUACUCCCAUGCUGCCAAAGGACACCAUAUUGGCAGAACUUCUUCAGAUACAUAAAGAACACAUUGUAGGAUACCAUGAACAUGAUUCUCUUUUGGACCACAAAGAAGAGGAAGAAUUAACUGAAGAAGAAAGAAAAGCUGCUUGGGCUGAGUAUGAAGCAGAGAAGAGGGGACUGACCAUGCGUUUCAACAUGCCAACUGGGACCAAUUUACCCCCUGUCAGUUUCAACUCUCAAACUCCUUAUAUUCCUUUCAAUUUGGGAGCCCUGUCAGCAAUGAGUAAUCAACAGCUGGAGGAUCUCAUAAACCAAGGAAGAGAAAAGGUUGUGGAAGCAACAAAUAGUGUGACAGCAGUGCGGAUUCAGCCUCUUGAAGAUAUAAUAUCCGCUGUAUGGAAGGAAAACAUGAAUCUCUCAGAGGCCCAAGUACAGGCAUUAGCAUUAAGUAGACAAGCCAGCCAGGAGCUUGAUGUUAAAAGAAGAGAAGCUAUCUACAAUGAUGUAUUGACAAAACAACAGAUGUUAAUCAGCUGUGUUCAGCGAAUACUUAUGAACCGAAGGCUUCAGCAGCAGUACAAUCAGCAGCAACAACAACAAAUGACUUAUCAGCAAGCAACAUUGGGUCACCUCAUGAUGCCAAAGCCUCCAAAUUUGAUCAUGAAUCCUUCUAACUACCAGCAGAUUGAUAUGAGAGGAAUGUAUCAGUCAGUAGCUGGUGGUAUGCAACCACCACCAUUACAGCGUGCACCACCCCCAAUGAGAAGCAAAAAUCCAGGAUCUUCCCAAGGGAAAUCAAUGUGAUUUUGCACUAAAAGAUUAAAGGAUUGUUAAAAUCAUAGAAAGAUCUUUUAUUUUUUUAGGAAUCAAUGACUUAACAGAACUCAACUGUAUAAAUAGUUUGGUCCCCUUAAAUGCCAAUCUUCCAUAUUAGUUUUAAAUUUUUUUUAAAUAGGGCAUACCAUUUCCUCCUGACACUUGUCAGUGACGUUGCCUAGAAUCUUCUUACAAACAUUGAGUACAGAAGAUAUUUCAAAUUGUUUUCAGUGAAAACAAAUCCUUCCACAACAGAAAAAACUCCACAGGUUUCCUCUAAAUUUUUAUGCCUGCUUUUAGUGACCAUAAAAUUAAUGAAUUUAGGAAAGAAUGCAGAUUUAUAUACUCAUUAUUUACAUAUGAAAAUAAACAGCUGAGUUCUUAAAGUUGAUUCCUCAAGUUAUGAAAUGCUUUUGUACUUAAUUUCUUGAUUAAUGUGAUUGAAAUGGUUUUAAUGUUCAUUUGACUAAAGUCUGAAACUGGGCUCCUGCUGUAUCACCUCUGUGGCUGAAAGUUAGAAAAGGUUAUCUUUGACACGAACUGUGUGCAAUAUUCUUAAAUACUACUGCUUGGAAAUUUGGAGGAGUCUUGCAGUUAUCUUUGCAUUGUAUAAACAGCCUUAAGUACAGCCUAAGAAGAGAAUGCCUUUUCCUUCUUUAGUCUUUCUGCCAUUUUUUACUUUCAGUUACAUGUGCUGAAAUAAUUACUGGUAAAAUAUCAGGGUUGUGGAUUAUCUUCCACACAUGAAUUUUCUUUCUCCUGGCACUAAUACAAAGCACAUCUCUUAACGCUUGGUGCCAGUGCUAGUGCUUCAUCCUGUUGCUGGCAGUGGGAUGUGACUAACAAAAUCAAGUUCUAGCAUUUUAGGAGGUUAAGGCUAAUGUUGUGGUUAUUAUGUUCACACCCUGUAAACAACAUCAAAAUGGCAGAACCAUUGAUGACUUUAAGUUCACAUGAGGAAUGUGCUUUAACGAUUCCAGUACUAUCAGUAUUGUGAAAUAAUUCCUCUUAACGAUAAGGAUCACUGGCUUCCAUGCUCUCCUCUUUUCUAAUCAUGUUUUCCCCCCAAUUUCCCUGUUUUUUGACGUAAAUUAUGUUUCAAAGUUCAAUUUUUUUUUUAGUUUAGAUCUAUGAGGCAAUUUUCUGAUCAAAAUUUAUUCAUCUAAUACCCUUCCAAGAAGUUUUGCUAGAAAAUCAUUACAAUGCUUUUUUAAAAAAAAUCCAGACCUGUAAAAAUGACUUACAAGUUUGUUUAUGUACAGUUUGGUUGCUUGAAUUAAAGAAAACUGAUUGUUAAACUACGUGAGUCAACUGAACAUGGCAAAACCGUUUUUAAGAUGGUAAUGUAACAGGUAGUGCAAAUAGCUAAGGAUUCCAGAAACAAAAAGGCUGGGUGGAGGAUUUGUUCUCUAGGUAUCACUGGAUUAGAAUGAAUUUAACAUUAAACUAAAACUGUUUUGAGUUGUCUAGAUGAUUAAGAGAUUUCCAUUUUUGUCUUGAAAGAACUAGUGACAAAACAUCUAAGAACACUAGGUUUGUGAUUUAGAACUUGUAGGUUUGGUGGUUCUACCCCCCCACCUUCCCAUGGUGACUUAUCACUAACAAAUUCCAUAUAUUUGAAUAUUAUGCCAGCCAUAGAAUAAAGUUUAUUUAAUUGGGGGGAGAUAUGUGUUUACUCUUAGAAAUGAAAAAGACAUGAUUUAUGAGGUAAAUAUUUGGAGGCAGUCUACUCUGGCCAGCUGCUAUCAGUUGGUAUUUCUCCAAGUCAGACCACUUUAAAUCUGAUUUAUUAGACCUGGAAACUUUCAAUAUGGUCUAAUUACUUGCUCAAAGACAUAGAUGUGAAAAUUUUAGGCAACCUUCUAAACUUUUUUUCACCAUGGAUGAAACUGACUAAAGGAAUAAUACAUAGAAGGAACAAUUGGAAAUUAGAGAUUUGAAGUAACUUGGACCACUUUGCAUACACUCUUCUCACUUGACAUUUUAGCUACAUAAUAUGUACUUUGAGUAUAACAUCAAGCUUUAACAAAUAUUUAAAGACAGAAUCACAUCAGUAAGAUACUAAAAGGCUCAUUUUUAUAUUUGUUUUAGAUGUUUUAAAUAGUUGCGAUGGUUUAAAAAAUGAAGAUUUAAAAUGUUGCUUGUAAUACAGUUUUGCCUGCUACAUUCUCCACAUUUUGUAAUGUUUUAUUUCUUUGGGUGUAAAGCGUUUUUGCUUAGUAUUGUGAUAUUGUAUAUGUUUUGUCCCAGUUGUAUAGUAAUGUUUCAGUUCAUCAUCCAGCUUUGGCUGCUGAAAUCAUACAGCUGUGAAGACUUGCCUUUGUUUCUGUUAGACUGCUUUUCAGUUCUGUAUUGAGUAUCUUAAGUACUGUAGAAAAAUGUCACUUCUUCCUUUAAGGCUGUUUUGUAAUAUAUAUAAGGACUGGAAUUGUGUUUUUAAAGAAAAACAUUCAAGUAUGACAAUAAUACUAUCUGUGUUUUCACCAUUCAAAGUGCUGUUUAGUAGUUGAAACUUAAACUAUUUAAUGUCAUUUAAUAAAGUGACCAAAAUGUGUUGUGCUCUUUAUUGCAUUUUCACAGCUUUGAAAAUCUGUGCACAUAUUGUUUCAUAGAAAAUGUAUAACUUUGAUGUCCUAUUUAAUGGUGGUUCUUUUGCACAUUUAGUUAUUUAAUACUGGGAGGUCAAGAAGUUUGAUUUUUGAUUCUGUUAUGUACUAAAUUCUCUAAAAUGAGGUUUCUAACCUCAAAAAGAAUUUACAUACUGGGAAGCCUAUGUGUAUAUGUGUUAGUUUUGGUCUAUGUGUAACUCCAGCACCAUUUCUAAAAUGGUUUCCCAGCAGCUGUGUCACCCAUUUAAGUUAAGAUGGGCUACCAGUCCACACUUGAUAUGAACUCUGCUUACCAUCCCCACACUAUAGCAGGUUAAUGAAGAUCUUGUUAUCUGGCCUCCAAAACAGGUGAACACUUUGUAGCCUUCCCUUAACUGUACCCAUUCUCCCGCUAGUAUCUUAAAAGCAGGUACAUAUUUCUGUGCUCCAAACAAAACCUUAAAGACAAUUACUUAAUCUAUCUCAGAAACCUUUGUUUCCUCUGAGGAUGGCGUGCUGUGAGGGUAUAGAUUCUUUAAUUUGUAAAAUAGGUCAUCCUUUUACAUGUCAUUUCACUAAAAAUUAAGUGCAGGUCAUCUUAUUUCACCGUUUAGUCUCAAGUAACACUUGGCUAACUCCCAAUCAAAUCUACCCUUAGAGAUGAAAAUUCUUCCACCAUUUAUUUUUUUCAGGAGUCUGUAAUCUGUGCCAGUCCCAAAGAAGUGACCGUUUCAGAAAAUGUUUUGUUUGUGCAACAUUUAAAAUAUGCUGUUAUAUGGAGGUGAAUAAAAAUUUAAAAUCCAAAAUAUA